AUCCUCCAGCAUCGCAAGUCGGCGGCCAUCCAUGGAACUCAGAAAAUCGAAAUGGCAGCUUUACUUACUGACGACGUAACAUCGCUGCAAAUCGGUAUAACGGUGCCCGGUGUGUUUGAAUGUGAUCUAAACUGGGGUGGUUUCCAGGAAGCUGAAGAAGGUAUUGAAAGGAGUCCAGUUGUAGUCAACAUCAAUGAACGAAGUCCCUCGUCAAGUGGACUAGAGUCUUCCGACGAGCGGCCAACCAUUCCCACGUACAACGAGAAUGAACAGCUCCUUGGAGAGGAGGAGGAGGAGAAGAAAGUCGAAGUUCAGUGCGAUUUAUGA